GGGGCGGGCCGGAGUGGUGGUGAGUUUGGUAGUGGUGGUAGGGUGUACGCCUUGUCUGAAACUCCGUCUAAGGAGUCCGUUGGACUCCCCCCUCCCCCGAAAGGAAUCAUCAACAAAGGAGACAAACGCCCAUCUCUCUGUUGGAAACCUUUAAGUCACAGGAUGAGUCUACAGUGGACUGCAGUUGCCACCUUCCUCUACGCAGAGGUCUUUGCUGUGUUGCUUCUCUGUAUUCCCUUUAUUUCCCCCAAAAGAUGGCAGAAGAUUUUCAAAUCCUGGCUGGUCGAGCUGGUAGUGACCUAUGGCAACACCUUCUUUGUGGUUCUCAUCGUCAUCCUUGUGCUGCUGGUCAUUGAUGCUGCACGUGAGAUCCGGAAAUAUGAUGAUGUGACAGAAAAGGUGACCCUCCAGAACAAUCCAGGUGCCAUGGAGCACUUCCACAUGAAGCUUUUCCGUGCUCAGAGGAAUCUCUAUAUUGCUGGCUUUUCCUUGCUGCUGUUCUUCUUACUUAGACGCCUGGUAACUCUCAUCUCCCAGCAGGCCACACUGCUGGCCUCCAAUGAAGCCUUUAAAAAGCAAGCAGAAAGUGCCAGUGAGGUGGCCAAGAAAUACAUGGAGGAGAAUGACCAGCUAAAGAAGGGAGCUGCCGAAGACGGAGGCAAGUUGGAUGUUGAGAGUGCUGAGGUGAAGUUAGAGGAGAACAAGAGCCUGAAGAAUGACUUGAAGAAGCUAAAAGAUGAGCUGGCCAACAGCAAGAAAAAGCUAGAGAAAGCUGAAAACGAGGCUCUGGCCAUGCAGAAGCAGUCUGAGGGUCUUACCAAGGAGUACGACCGUCUGCUGGAAGAGCACGCCAAGCUGCAGGCCUUAGUACGUGGUCCCUCUGGUCCCUCGGACAAGAAGGAGGAGUAAAGGCUUGUUUCUCUCCCUCCCUGCAACUGGCUUCCUCCUGAUCCGUGCUCACUGUUUACUACUGAGAGCUUACCCUCUCCCUCUGGUACUUGGGUUUAUCCCCUUCUACUUCCCCAGUUUUUUUCCACAGCUUACAGAUCAUUAUUUUGACUCCUUUACACAUACCUGCCAUCAAACCAAAAGGGACCUGGUUGUUGCUCAUUUGGAGUAUUUGCCAUAGUCCUGCCAGUCCUAGAAGUGUAGAAGAGCACUUGUGACCUGGCCUGCAGUUGAGCCCCAUUUAUUUUGCUGUAUGUCCUUAAGGUGAGGCAGGUCAACUGUUUUAUCCCGAGGACAAUAAAUGUUGUUAGAUUACAAACAAACAAACAAACAAACAAAAAGCCUUGGACUGAAAGAGCACAGCCAGCAGAUGCCACUCAACUGCCCGACACACUGCAGAAUAUCUUCUAUCCCUGCGUAAAGGAUCCAAAGGAUAUGGUUCUGACCUUUGCUCUGCUUGGGGAGGCUGCUGAGUAAGGCUGAGACUCUGCUCUGCUACCUGCAUGUUGGCUGUCCUGCUAAGGCUGACUCUGACCAUCUGUGCAGAGUUGACAUCUCCCUUGACUUCAUGGAUGCUGCAAUACUAGAAGGCAACUUUUGCAGUCUUGAAGCCAGACCCUGCUGGGGAUCUAGGAACCAACCUUAGACUCAGACCAGUUACUGGACUGAGUGGAGUUAGUGGAGGCUUCUGGAGAGUAGUGUCCCUGGGGCACAAACAGUGGUGAGAGUGAUCUCAGCAUGAGGCAGAGGAGCCAUCCAGAGAAUGCUGCCCCUGGAGGUGGGAAGGACAAGGGAGGAGUAACAGUGGUGGAACAGGCCAUACAAGAACUUCCACUUAAAACCAAGGACACAUUCUCCACAACAUUAAGUGCUCCAGGAUCACUGCACAGGGAGCACUCUGUUCUGCACUUUGCCCAGAGACAAGUGGCAGUGUGUGUAGGGUAAAAGGGCCAGCCAAAGAAACACACCCUGGCUCUGAGACCCGCGCCAGUGAAAGAAAUGCUUUAGCCUCAAACCCAGACCCAAAGAGAUGCACCCUGUCUCUGAAACCAGUGCCAAAGAAACACUGUGUCCCUAGACUCAGAGUCUGUGAAAGAAAUAUGCCCUGGCCCCAAAACUAGAGCCAAAAACUUUAAAAGGCCAGUGAAAGAAACACAAUUUGGCCCUGAAAUCAGCCAUUUCUGCCCCUGAUAAACUAAACUAACCAAUCCCUCCUCUCCCUGGAAAAACUCCACCCCUAAGAAGCCCUAUAUAAGUCCCUCUGCCUGUUCAGGUUCUGGCUGCUCUUCUUCCACCUUGGUAGAGACAGCCACUCUCAUGGAUUCUUCCCUCCCAAUAAAUCUCUUGAACAA